UCCUACAUAUUUCUCAUAAUCACUUUUCCAAUCAUGAUCUUCCAUUGCAUUAAGAUUGUACAAGAAUAUGAAAGGGCAGUAAUGUUUCGAUUAGGCAGGUUGCUUUCUGGUGGUGCCAGAGGACCAGGAUUAUUUUGGAUAAAUCCUUGUACUGAUAAAUAUCACAAAAUCGACUUGCGUACUGUCGCCUUUGAUAUUCCGCCUCAAGAAAUUUUGUCUAGAGAUAGCGUGACAGUUGCAGUUGAUGCAGUUGUCUAUUAUCGCGUUUGUGAUCCUACUAUGGCUGUAAUGAAUAUUGAAAAUUUCGAUGUAUCAACGCGCCUACUUGCUCAAACUACUCUUAGAAAUGUUUUGGGUACCAAAAACAUGUCUGAAAUAUUAUUAGAUCGAGAAACGACUAGUCAUCAAAUGCAGUCAGUUUUGGACGAUGCUACUGAUGCCUGGGGAAUUAAAGUUGAACGAGUCGAAGUGAAAGAUGUUCGCUUGCCUGUGCAAUUACAACGUGCUAUGGCUGCGGAAGCUGAAGCCUCUCGUGAAGCUAGAGCUAAGGUUAUCUCGGCUGAAGGAGAGCAAAACGCUUCAAGAGCACUAAAGGAGGCUGGCGAUGUUAUUGCUGCUUCUCCAGCGGCAUUGCAAUUAAGAUAUAUGCAAACUUUAACGCAAAUCUCAAGUGAAAAGAAUUCAACCAUUAUUUUCCCAAUUCCAAUAGAUUUAAUCAGGGGCUUUAUGGGUAGGGGUACUACACCGAAAGCAAAGAGCUACAAGCCAGAACCCAGAUUUGCAACCACUGCUAGUAUUGGAUCCACUGAGUCAGUAAGAUCUCCUCCUAUUCCGGAUAUGUAA